AUUCAAGUGAUAUCAUUUUGGCUCUUCAAUUAUUUGAAACCUUCAAUGGCUUUCGUCAUGUCAUUUCUUUUUUCAUCAUUUUCUUUACCAACUAGAAGAUGUACAUAUGACGUGUUCCUAAGCUUUAGAGGCGAAGACACUCGCAACAACUUUGUAGAUCAUCUUUAUUCGGCUCUAAUUCAAAAAGGAAUACAUGCCUUCAGAGACGACAAGGCGCUAGAUAAAGGAAAACGGAUCUCUCCGGAGCUGCUGAAAGCCAUUGAAGAAUCGAGGUUUGUAGUGGUUGUUUUCUCUAAAAACUAUGCGCACUCUACAUGGUGUUUGGAUGAACUUGUCAAAAUCAUGGAAUGCCAAGAUCGGGUGGGGCAGAAGGUGUUUCCGGUUUUGUAUCACGUAGACCCAUCCCAUGUGCGUGGGCAGAAAGGAGACUUUGAUAUUGCCUUUCAGGGACACGAGAAGAAGUUUAGGGGAGAGUUGAACAAAGUGAACAACUGGAGGAAAGCCUUAGUCGCAGCAUCCGAUUUAUCUGGCUGGCAUGUCUCGGUCGGCAAUGGGGGAGAAUCCACCAUCAUCACCGAGAUUGCUGAAAAGAUCUCGAGCGACAAACAACCUCGUAAUGGAGAGAAAAAUUUAAGAGGACGCUUGAUGCGCAAAUUGUUAUGCAGGAUUUGGAAUUUGAAGGAAUAGAAGUUUGUCACACGU